AUGGAUGAUUUCUUUGGUGUAGAUAAAUGUACAAGUAUUUCUGAAAUAAUGGGGCAGGAAAUUGAAAUUAAUACACCGCAACUCAAAGAAGUAUAUGAGAAAUUUGAAUCUUUAUACGAAAAAGUUAAUAAUAACGGUUUAGAUAAUUUCGAAGGUAUAAUAUCUGUUAAUAAGAAUAAUAAAACGGCUGUAAUUACUCCUAUAGUAAGGAAGCAACAUUUAGUAGAUUACGAAUCCAGUGACAGUGAAGCUGAAGUUAAAUUAAAAAAUACAACUCCUUAUCCAAAAUUAGUCCCAAAAACACCCAAACUAAAGAAACAGAGAGCUGCUACUCCCCAUACAAAGAAAUUACUAAGUUUAAUGAGACAAAAAGUUGUAGAAGAGUAUGAGGAAACGAUAGGAGAAGAUAACUUUGGUGGAUCUCCUAUUGAUAACACUACACCAUCGAGAACUGAAAACAAUGAUUCAGAUCAACAACAACAGAUGACUACGCCCACUUCUCAUUUACCAAACCUGAUGAAACUAGCCCAAGCAGUGACCACAAGUACUCCUACGCACUCUGCCGUCGUCGGCUGGCCACUAUUUUCUGACCAAGGAGCAGACUCUCCCCUAUCAGAAAUUGAAAACACAGAAAGCCCUGCUCAGAGCAUAAAUAUAGAGACAUCCAAAAGCGAACAAGAUGCAGUGCCACCAAAAUUGAAGAGCAUUAUAACAACAGGCAGCAAGACUCGGAUAGGAAGUCAGGAUAGUUCAGAAAAGCAAAUUACCUUCCAGGACUCUAACGAGGUUUCUAUAAAAAAGAAGGUGAAGUUUGCUGAAGACACUAUUUUUGAGCAAGCAAAGGUAAAGAGAGUGAUGAGAAAACCUAGAAGAAUGCUUACACCUGGCCCACAAAGGCCAAAGUUCUGUUACAACCCACGUUUCCAAGCUCUCAUAAAUCGGUUUGAAAAUCAAGGUGCCACAAUGGCAAGAACACCUACAAUGAGAGAUAAGAAUAUAAACGACCAAGAAAAUACUCCACCUGUAGGGGAGCCUUCUAAUAUUCCAGCAAGGGCUAUAAACUUCAAGGACGACAGCCCAAUAAUCGAAUCGGAAAGCACAAGAGAAGGGAGUGAAUUAUUCAGAACAUGUAUUGAUGUGCCUGAAGCGAACGCGAUGUCAGUAUUAACAUCAAACAUUGUCGGAGGUCUACAAAACUGUCUAUCUUCUGUCUUAAUGAAUAUAGAAGAAGAAACAGAGAUACAGUUCAAGUUCGUUAUAACGAAAAGGAAAGUUAGCGUUAAGAGGCUCGCGGAAGAAUGCGAGGGGCUCGAUGAGAAAUUGAGUGUAAUCGAAAGAAAUCAGGAAUCGAAUAAGGAGAACAUCUGGUCGAGCGUGGCGAGGGCCGUGAGAAAUGUGUUUUGGGGUGAAAACGCUGCUAAUUUCGCAUCUACAACACCUCACAGAUCAACAUCCUUGAACUCUUCAUCAUCGUCUUCGAAACGCAAAUGCGACGAGCUUUCAGAUUCCGAGAGUCCAUUAAAUCAUAAGAGGCACAAAUACGAAGGAAGAAUCCGAGGUAGACCACCUUUAAGAAGAAGCAAAACUUGCGUGGCUAGCCUCAGGAGUUCGAUGUCAGCGGAACAGAAGUCCUUGAUCAAUGAAUUGACUAUGGGCCAAGAUGAUGGAAUAAAUUUGAGCUUUUAA